UCGAGUUCAACUCGUGAUCCAAAGUUUCAAAAAGAUCAAAAGAACUUCAUUCGUAAUAGUGAUCACAAAACAAUCUUUAAAAUUUAACCGAAACUUUUGAGUAGUGGCUUUUCGUUCUUAGCUUUAACAAAACAAAUCUGAAACCACGGCGUCGAAAAAAAACGAAGAGACUGUUCAUCAAGAAACAGACAACAGAUACAAGAUGCCUGCAGCUAGUUUUGGGUCUAUUUCCCAACUACCAGCAAACGGAGAUUGUGGCAUAAAAGAUGUUUGGAAUCACAACCUCCAUGAAGAAUUUCAGAUCAUCAGACAGAUUGUCCAAAAAUACCAUUGGGUGGCAAUGGACACGGAAUUCCCUGGAGUCGUAGCUAGACCCAUUGGAGAAUUCAGAUCUACUGCUGAUUAUCAAUACCAGUUACUCAGAUGUAAUGUAGAUCUUUUACGGAUAAUCCAGCUAGGUCUAACUUUCAUGGAUGAAAAUGGUAAAACUCCACCUGGCUAUACUACUUGGCAAUUCAAUUUCAAAUUCAAUCUACAAGAAGACAUGUAUGCCCAAGAUUCCAUAGAUCUACUUCAGAACUCAGGACUGCAGUUUAGGAAACAUGAGGAAGAUGGAAUAGAACCCUUAGAAUUUGCUGAAUUACUCAUGUCUUCAGGACUUGUUUUGAUGGACAAUAUCAAGUGGCUCAGUUUUCAUUCAGGAUAUGACUUUGGGUACCUACUAAAAUUACUAACUGACCAAAAUCUCCCACAUGACGAAAAUGAGUUCUUCGAGAGCCUAAGGCUGUAUUUUCCAACUGUAUAUGAUGUUAAAUAUCUGAUGAAACUAUGUAAAAAUCUGAAAGGUGGACUUCAAGAGGUAGCAGACCAGCUUGAACUCAGGCGAGUAGGACCACAACAUCAAGCAGGCUCCGACUCACAUCUCACUGGUAUGGCUUUCUUCAAGAUUAAAGAGAUUUUCUUUGAUGACAACAUUGAGAACUCAAGUGGUCAUCUCUAUGGUUUGGGUGCUCCUUUUUCGGUUAAUGUAAACAACUUUCAAGACAAUGGUGAGAAUGGCAACUCAUCUUGAUUGGGUGAGCCGGAGUGUGUGAUUAUUCCCUCGAAACAAAGAAAAAUGUUCCAUCUUACUGAGUAAAUCAAUUCCAAAAUAUACAUUUUGUGGAUGCCAGCUUAUAUAAUCAAUGCGGCCGUCUGAAACCGGCACGUUGCAUUUUUAUCCCAUAUUGUGAUUGUGUCGAUUUAUCAUCCCAGACUGCAUUGCCUGACUGUCUGAUAGUGACAAUAAAGACUUUAAAAUUUGAUCUAUCAUAAUAGUUCAUUAGCAUAAGCCAACAUAUUACUUGCAUGAUUCAAUCUAGCUGUUACACUAUGUGAAAGUCCAGAUAAAUAUACAUAUAAUAUUAUGAAAACGAUUUAGGAUCCCAGAAUGAAAAUGAAACAAUUGAAUUAUGUUAUUGCAAUUAUGAAAUCUACUCACUUUUUGAUAACCAUUAUACCAAUCGCUUGUAAUUUUGACUAGAAUAAUUUAUUAUUUCAAUGAUUGAUGAUUUAAAUAUGUACAUGUAU